AUGCAGUAGAAUCCUCGAAUAUUUUUUUAUAAAUUGUGUAUGGAACUAAUUACAUUUAAUAGUUUCUCAAUUACGAGAUAAAGGUCUUCAAAAAGAAGCUAUCGAAUUGUUAAAUCAAGCAAUAUAGUUGAAUUAAACUGAUAUAUACUUCUAUGGAUUAAAAUGUAUUUUAUUAAUGAAAGCUUAGGUAUAUAUUUAGAAUAGGUUGGUUUAAUAUAAGAAAGUAUUGAUUGCUGGGAUUAAGGAAUUGAAAAUAAUAAAACAAAUAUAUUAUAUUACAUUGAGAAGGGUUUUAAUAUCUUUUUCAACAUUUUUAGCUAAGACUUUAGAGAAGAAUGGAAAAUUAGAUGAAAUUAUUGAAUGUUGGGAUUAAGGGAUCAAAAUUAAUUGCAAAGAUCCAAAUUUUUAUAUAUAAAUUAGUUAUUUCUUUUGAUUAUGAAUAGUCUAGGCAUUAUAAAAGUAAAAUAGAAUUGAGGAAGUCAUAAUCUAUUGUGAUAAAAUCAUAUCAUUGAAUUAAUAGACUAUGGAAUUUUAUAGCCAUAAAGGUAACUAAAUCUAUUUAUUGAUAGCUUGGGCUUUAAAAAAACUUGGAAAGUAUGAUAAAGUUAUAGAAUGUUGGACUCAAGCAGUAAAAGUUCAUUAAUCUUAUGUACCUUUUUUGGGUUAGCUUGGUAUCUUAACAAUUUAACUAUGUAGCUAAAGCAUUAAAAAUGCAGAAUAGAAUUGAAGAAGCAGUAGAAAUAUUAAAUUAAGGAAUAUUAAAUAAUUUAAACAAUAUUGGCUUUUAUAUUGAAAAAGGUAAAUCGCUUAUGAUAUCUUAAGCAUAAUUCUUAUCUAAAUUGUAGAGAAUCAGUGAAGUAUUAGAAUGUUGGGAUUAUGGGAUUGAAAAUAAUAAACACAAAUGUGAAUUUUAUGAAGAGAAAUGUAAAUUUGCAAAAUUGUGCUUAGCAAAAAUUUUAAUUGAAUAAGAAAAGUUUGAAUAAGCACUUGAGGUGUGGGAUAUUGGGAUCUAAAAUAAUAAACAUAAUUCUAUUUUUUUCAACUUUAAAGGUAAGUUGCAAUAAUAUUUUAAUGAUCAGCUUCUCUUCUAGAGGAAUUAGGAAGGUUUGAUGAAAUUAUAUAAUGCUGGAAUAAAGGAAUCGAAUUGAAUUAGAGUGAAAUAAUUUUUUAUCGAGAAAAAUGUACCAUUAAUCAAAUGAUUUUAUUAGCGAAUGCUUUAUUUGAAUAAGAAAGAUUUUCUGAAAGCUUAGACUGUUGGGAAGAUGGAAUAAAAUUAAAUAAAAACAAUAUAAGUUUUUUCAAUUACAAAGGUUGAAAAUAAUCAAUGAUUGUUAGCUUCUAUUUUAUGUUAAAAUGAAAGAUUCUUAGAAGCAAUAUAAUGUUGGGAUUAAUUUGGUUUCUAUAAUUUAGAAGAUUUAGAUCAUUAUUCUAAAAAAGGUUAUAAUUAUUAUUAUAAUUUAUUAGCUUAAAUAUUAGUUAAAAUGAAUAGUUAUAAAAAAGCAAUUAAUUGUCUUCGUCUGUCAGGUGACGAAUAACAAUCAAGAAAUUUAAAAUAGAUAUUUUGA